AUGGUGAUGGAGAUCAUUAGCUUUGAAGGAGACAUGUUAUUUAAGGUGGCCUUGUUUGUGCUAGUUCAAGCACUGGUUUAUCUUAUACUGUCACAAUCAUCCACCAUCUUCUCAAAGACUCCAACCAGGUCUUUCAGUUUCCGACCAGCUCGGUCCGUUAGUAUUCGCCGGUUGGCCGCCAUGCUCGCCGAUAUUCCUGCCGGUGGUGAGCCAUCUCCUUCUUCCAAGGACUUGAAGUCACCAACCCAAGAACAGAAAAUGAAGCCUCACUCAAGUGGUACCAUUUCAGCUCCAUCCAAGCUGGCCGUGUACCACGAUUCACAUGUUAUUAUACCAAAGUUCAAGCCAAAGAUACGCAUAACUCACAUCUUUCCGCCAAAACUCAUAAAGACGGAUGUUGCAAACUUUCGAGAGCUGGUCCAAAGGCUCACCGGAAAACCUGCUAACAGGAAAGAUAGAGGAAAGAACUCAAGUAGCCUGCCAUCUAAAGGGUCAAGGACAAAGUAUCCCAAACGGUGUAGGAAUAUCAAAGGAUCACAAGAUGGGAUCAACUUUCUGCAGAAUGGGGUGAGGAUGAAGAAGGAAUGCGAAGAGAUGUAUGGAGGUUAUGAGGAUUCUAAUGGAUUUGUAGAUAUGGACUGUUUGAUUCAAGAUCUGAGUGAAUUUCCUUUACUUCCAUUUACAUCUUCUCAAAUCAAUAUAUUUGGAGAGAUGCCAAUCAGUUAUUAG